AUUACAGCAAGCCUUGAAAAUUGUUUCUGGCCUAAUUAAAUUUAGAUAUCAGAAAUUGCCCAUAACUAAAAACACCCAAAAAUGAAACAAAAACCGCAAUCAGUGCACCAACUAUCCCCUAAUAAGUCACUAAGCAGUUGUCGCGAAUCAAGUAAACGGAAGAGGAUUAUCCCAACCAGCUCCUUGUCCAAUGGCAGCCGAAAGACAGAGAGCAAGGCCGAAAUAAAACCAGCUGAGCUUCAGGCGACAGAAGUUCAGCCAAUAGAGCCUCCACCCCCAAAACGAUCAUGCCGCAGAACUUCCCAAAUUGCGAAGACGUCUUCGAACAACCCCAAAAUCGAUUUACCUGACCAGCAGCCGAGGAAUAAAUCUGAUCCGCCACCGCUAAAACGAUCAUGUCGAAUAAAAUCGCACCCUACGAAGACAUCAUCAAACAACACUAAAAACCUUAAGAACGAUGACAAAGACGAUUCAACCUAUCAGCUACCGGGGAAUAAAGCCGGAGGUCAGCCACUACAGCCUCCACCACUAAAAAGAUCAUACCGCAGAAUAACGAAGAAGUCUUUAAACGAGACUCAUAACCUUGGGAACGAUAACAACCAAAAGAAAAAACACGUAUCCAAAGGCGAUUCAGCUGAUCAACAGGCGGGGGAUAAAGCCGGACCUAAGCCGCCGAAGCUUCGAUCGUCACAUGUUCAGCCACUAGAACCGCCACCACCAAAACGAUCAUGUCGCAGAACUUCUCACCUUACGAAGACGUCGUCGACCAACACCAAGAGCCUUCAGAACGAUGGCAAUCAAAAUAAAAAGUGCAAAUCCAAAGACGAUUCAACUGAUCAGCUACCCGGGAAAAAAGUCGUAGCUCAGCCACAUCCUCCGCCACCAAAACGAUCAUGUCGCAGAACUGCGCACCUUACGAAGACGUCUUCGACCAACACCCAGAGCCUUCGUAACGAUGAUAGCGUAAAGACAAAGCAUGAAUGCAAAGCUGAUCAGCAGCCGGGGAACAAAACCGAAGCUCCACCACCAAAACGAUCAUAUCGCAGAAUAUCGCAUCUUACGAAAAAGUCUUCUAACAACACUGAAAAGAAAAGGUACGAAUCCAAAGACGAUUCAGCUGAUCAUCAGCCAGAGAAAAAAGCCGGACCUCAAGGACAGCAUCAGUCGUUAGAAGUUCAAGCAGCAAAACAAUCUAAUCGAAAAACAGCGCAGCUUAUGAAGACGUCUUCGUACGACACUAAAAGCCUUCAUAACGAUGAAAAUAAAAAACAAAGGAGUGAGACCAUAGACGUUUCAACUGCUCGUCAGUUGAGGAAUAAGACCAGAUCUCAACCGCCAGAGCAUGAAUCGUCAAAAGUGCAAGCCCCAGAAGUUCAAACACAAACAGGUUCAUAUCAUAGAUCAUCGCAGCUGACGUCAACGUCUUCGUCCGAUAGUAAAAUCAUUCAGAAGGAUGAUAACCAACAGAAAAGGUUUGAUACAAUAGAAGUUUCGACUGUCCACCAGUUGCGGGAUUUAGCUGGUAUAUCUUCUAUCUAUUCUUGUCCGACUAAGUACCAACCGGAAAUUUUAGGACCUCAACCACCAAGGCAUCAGUCGCCAAAAGUUCAUCCACCAGAAGUUCAAACACCAAAUUGGGCAUAUCGCAAAUCAUCGCAGUUGACGUCGUCUUUACAUGACAGUAAGAGCGCUCAGAAAGAUGAUAACCGAAAAAAAAGGCGUGAAACCUUAGACGUUUCAACAGCCCAGCAGCCGAGGAAUAAGGCCGGAUCUCAACAACUUGGAGUUCAGACGCCAGGAGCUAAAUCACCGAAAGUUCAAACACCAAAACGCUUAUAUCGCAGAUCAUCGCAGUCGACGUCGACGUCGUUGUACGACACUAAAAGCGACCAAAAGGAUGAUAGCCAAAAAAAGAGGCGUGAAACCAUAGACAUUUCAACUGCUCAGCAGCCGUGUAAUAACAUUGGAGCUCCCCAAAAUCUUCCAAAUCGCAGACCAUCACAGUAUACUCCGAUGACGCUGUACAAGUCUCCAAACCUUCAAAACGAUAACAACCGAAGCCAAAGCCACGAAUCCGUAGACUUGUCAGCUGAUCAUCAGCCGGGAAUGAAUGCCGGAAUAAAUCAAACGUCAAAACUUCCAUCGCAUGGACUUCAACCCAAAGUGCGCCCACAUCGCAGAACAUCGCAGUAUACUCCCACUUCGUUAUACGAGAACGAACGCUUUGAAUACAAUGACAACCGAAAGCAAAGGCGCGAAUCCAUAGACGUUUCCAAUGUUCAACAUUCGGGAAGUACUGCCGGACCCAAACCACCGGGGCUUCAGCCUCUAGGAGUUCAAACGCCAGUACUUCAACCCCUUACUCGUUCAUAUCGCAGACCAUCGCUGUAUCUGCCGACGUCACACCUUGGGGACCAAAACCUUCAAAACAGUGAAAGCCGCAAAUCCAUUGACAAUUCCACUGUUAAUCAUCCGGAAAAUAUAGCCGGAACAGAAUCGGAAGGGCUUCAACCAAUAGGAGCUCAAAUGCCAGGACUUCAAACACCAAGUCGCCCAUGUCGCAGACUUUCGCAGUAUACGCCGAUGCCGCUGAAUGAGGAUCAAAACCCUCAAAACGAUAUCAACCAGCAGCAAUGGCGUGAAUCCAAAGACUUUACCAAGGUUCAUCAUCCGGAAACUAUUGCCAGGCCGCAACCACCAAGUCUUCAAACUCUUGGAGCUCAAGCGCCAUUACUUCAAGGUCCAACUCGUCCAUAUCGCAGAUCAUCGCUGUAUUUGCCAACGUCACAGCUAGAGGAUCAAAGCCCACAAAACAACAACACAAACAGCGAAUCGAUUGUCUAUUCCACUAUUAAUCAGCCGGAAAAUAUAACCGGAACCCAACCGCAAGGUCAUCAACACCUAGGAUCUCAAAUGCUAGGACUUCAAACACCAAUUCGCCCAUGUCGCAGGCCUUCGCAGUAUACGCCGACGCCGCUGUAUAAGAAUCAAGUUCUUCAAAUCGAUAUCAACCAUCAGGAAAAAAGUGGUUCCAUAGACUUUUCCACUGCUCACCACCCGGAAAAUAUAGGCGUACCCAAACCGUUUCAAUCUGUAGGAGUUCAGUCGGGGAAUUCCGUCAGUCCAGGACCUCAACUUUCAGAACUUCAACCCCCAAAACUUCCAUAUCGCAGACCAUCCCAGUUCACCCCGACGUCGCCAUAUGAGCCUAAAGGCUUUCGAAACGAGGACAAUCGAAAGGAAAAGUGCGAACUAAUCGACUUGACUGGUGCUCAACAGCCCGAAAAUAAGACGGGACCCGAACCACCGGGCCAUCAAACACCGAGACGUCCAUAUCGCCCACAAAUGCAGUCCGUAUCGGCGUCGGAUUUGCAGUCUAAAUUUCUUCUAUACAUACGGGAUUUGAGUUCAGAGAUUGUCCACCACCAGGUCUUCGAGCAUUUCUGCGCCUUCGGCAGUUUGCAACGCGUCUACGUACUGCAACGCACCGAGAACUACAAUUACGCGCUAAUAAUCUUCACAUCCGCAAAGUCCGUAGAACUAGCUGUGGCCGCUAAUCCACACAAACUACGUAACAAACCCUAUAUUUGCCACAAGGCUGGACCCUGGAACCUUGGUUGCUUCAAAAGCGAGAGGCGUAUAUCUGACUUCAGCAAUAGCAAAAGGUCCAUCUUCAGAGAUCGAUUGACAAUUAGGCUGCCUUAUGGCGUUAAUAUUCAUUGCUAUAUUUACCUAUCAAACUCUAGCAUGAAUCAGUCUAACAACAGCACUGAGCAGGAAAUGAGCAAGAGAUCAGCCUUGCUGCCCCAAGUAUCUGUAGACCUGUUACAUCAUCUACGCGAGCAGCAGGCACCACUGCAGCCUAGCAUCAAGCAAGCACCUCUUGACCUUGAUCCCGAAACGCUCUUCCCCAGCAUGGGUGACAACUACAGUUUCCAGCGUCACAGUUAUACGAAUUUUGUGGCCUAUCAAAAGCGACCUGGCCACUACGAAGCGGUGCCAACCAACGCCAAAGUUGGACUGACGGCCAUCGCCUAUGCAGAUCUGAGAGAUAAACGUGAUUUAAUAUCAUUUUUUUAUCAGACCGACUAACUAAAAUAAAUAGCAUUUGACAAAAGUUUAAGCUUGACUGCAUAUAUAGAGUUGGUCAAGAAGUCCUACCCCUUGUAAAUAGGUAGAAAUACGGUUGUUAUAGAUGAGUGCAAAUGUAUCUAACAGAAAAAGAAUAACA